AUGGAAGCCGCGGGACGACAUAUGGCGCGUGUUCCCCGCGCUAAUUCGCGUUUAAGAGAUUGCCAUCAAUACGAGGAGCUCUGUGUGUCUCAUCCAUUAGGAACAAAUGGUGUUAUUGAGAGUGGCCGGCGCGGCGAACUGCCUCCCGGACGGAGUAACUUACGGCCGGAGAACGCAGCGCUAAUCGAAGAUCAUUAUCACCCGCGGUUCAAUCAGAAACAUGAUUAA